UUUAAAUGCAAACGAUCGGACGUAUACCGCGAACGGCGCGAAUUAAGACUUAAGGUGUCUUAAUUGUUAAUUUAUGCUAUAAUUAAUACCAUAACAUCGUCCUAACGAACAAUGGCAAGUGAUGAUGUGAAUGAGACACGAAUUUGGCAGUGUUGUUUUCGGGAGAUGGCCCACCGCCCCUAACGUACCUCCCGUUAAGGUUAGGUUAUACAGAAAGGUGGGUAUUUAAAAAGAUAACUGUAUAAUAAUGAGUUUCAACACAUCAUGGAAUGUUGAUCUAUACAAGAAUGUACUUGAAAAUGAAGAUCAUUGGAAAUUUAGGCGGGAAUUUUUGAUUGCCAAUAAAAAUAAAUUUCCUAAAGAUCGAUUAGUGACUUAUUCUCAUAUUUUUAUUUUUGUUGUAUUUAUGAAAUGUAGGUAUCCAAAGCCAACCAUGGAUCUUAUUGGAGACCUAUCUAAAAGUUUUGUUAAUAAUUUGAGAGAAAAAAUGUAUGAAAAUCAACAGAUAACGAACACGACAUAUGUAAAUUAUGUUAAAGCUAUUGAAAAUGUUCAAGCCGUUACAUUUAAGUUAAAUAUCAAUCAACCGCCUAAAAAUAAAAUGAGAUAUACAACACCAUUUGAUUUUAACUGUUUAAUACCAGGUUUUAUGUUGAAGAUUCCAAAAAAUGAUUUUAAUCAUCAUAAAGUUAUCAAAAGAUCAUGUUAUUUUAGUCAAAAUACAAAGCUAGAAAUAGAACAUGAAGAAUUAGAUUUUAAACACAAUCAAGCUAAAUUGUACCUACAAUGGAAGUUGAUAGCAGUUGGUGCUGGAACAACAAGACAAGAGGCUAUAAAGAAUGUUACAAGUAUUGCCUUUAAAAUAUUGAAGGAAAUGUGCUUUACUGUUACGAUAAAAAAAAAUGAUACACACAUUUUAUGGACAGAUCUUUUUGAUGAUUCAAGUGAAAAAGUUCCAAAUUUUACUAAGCAUCAUAAUACAAUUUCAAGUAAUAAUUUUGGUUUUAAGAUUUUGAAAAGAAUGGGUUGGAAAGAAGGUGAUGGAUUAGGAAAGAAUAAUCAAGGAAUUAAAUCAGCAAUAAUAGUUGUUCCACUUAAAAAAAGAGCUGGAUUGGGUGCUACAAAACGUACACCUCAAGACAUAUAUGUACUAACAGAAGUUAAGAAACGCAUAACGGAGUUUUUAAGCACUUCAAAUUCAAGAAUUACAUUUGCAAUAAACUUCCCACCUAGUCAGCGUACUUAUAUUCAAACCUUUUGUAAAAAGAAGAACUUAAAGGUCCAACAUUCAGGAGAUGGUGUUAACUAUAAAAUGUUUAUAGAAAAACAACAAACUACACGGGAAGUUUAUGAUAUACUCAUUAAUUGCAUCAACUUUGAAAAUGAUAUGUAUAUACUUGAACCUCCACUGCAUGAAAGUAUCAAUGAUCAGUAAAGUACCUACGACUCGAAAUAACUAAAUACAUCACAGAUGUGUUGAUUGUGUUUUUUAUAACUUUUAGUUUGUGGUCCAAUCACAACAAAUUAGAUGUAUGAUUUACUAAUUAUUAUUUGAUAGUUAUGAAUAGACA